AUAGAUAAGAACCACCCAAAUCUAUGGCAUGAAAUCAAGCACAUUCACAUUCUAAAACAAAACAAAAGAGGCAAUCUCAAUUUCACACUACACUACACACAAUUUAACCAUCAUAUUAAUUCAUCCUCCCCUUCAAAUUCCUCAGAAAAUUUCCUUCUUUUCCACACUUCCAACAAUCUAGUGUAGUGAUUAAACCACCAUGGCCUUCACUACCACUUCUUUACUUUCCACAAACUUCUUAGGAGCAAGAAACAUCCCAACUCCCAAAACAACCAAACCCUCCAUUUCACUACCAAUUUUCCUCAAAACCAAAUUCUCAAACUCUCUUAAAUCAAACAAUGAUAAAACUACUAAUAAUAAUUCAGAACCACUCAAAUCCGCCGCUGUUUCCGCCCUUAUCUUAUCCUCUAUCUCUCUAAACAUAACUCCGGCGGCUCUCGCCGUCGACAGCCUCACACCAUCACCACUACAACCGCCGGUACUCGAAGCACAACCACAACCAAACCAACUCAACCCUGCAAACUCAUCCUCGCCGUUCUCCCAAAACAUUUCCCUCACAGCACCUAAGCCUCAAGCGCAAUCUUCCUCCGAUCUCCCCGACGGUAGCCAGUGGCGCUACAGCGAGUUUCUGAAUGCUGUCAAGAAGGGGAAGGUCGAGAGAGUUAAGUUUUCUAAAGACGGUGCUGUUCUUCAGUUAACCGCCGUUGAUGGAAGGAGAGCGAACGUUAUCGUUCCUAAUGACCCCGACCUUAUCGAUAUUUUGGCUAUGAAUGGUGUUGAUAUUUCUGUUUCUGAAGGUGAACAAGCGAAUAAUUUGUUUAAUUUGUUUGGUAGUUUGGUAUUGCCGUUACUUGCUUUCGCGGGUUUGUUCUUGAUUUUCCGGCGUGGGCAAGGAGGACCAGGUGGGCCUGGUGGGCUUGGAGGGCCCAUGGAUUUCGGUAGAUCGAAAUCGAAAUUCCAAGAGGUGCCGGAAACUGGAGUGACUUUUGCUGAUGUGGCUGGUGCUGAUCAGGCUAAGCUUGAAUUACAAGAAGUUGUUGAUUUCUUGAAGAAUCCUGAUAAGUAUACUGCUUUGGGUGCUAAGAUUCCUAAAGGGUGUCUUUUGGUAGGGCCACCAGGGACUGGGAAGACGCUAUUGGCAAGGGCGGUUGCCGGUGAAGCUGGUACGCCGUUCUUUUCGUGUGCGGCUUCGGAGUUUGUGGAGCUUUUUGUUGGAGUUGGUGCUUCUAGGGUUAGGGAUUUGUUUGAGAAGGCGAAGUCGAAGGCGCCGUGCAUUGUGUUUAUUGAUGAGAUUGAUGCUGUUGGGAGACAGAGAGGAGCUGGACUUGGUGGCGGGAAUGACGAGAGGGAGCAGACUAUUAAUCAGCUUUUGACUGAGAUGGAUGGAUUUUCUGGUAAUUCGGGUGUUAUUGUUUUGGCUGCUACUAAUAGACCUGAUGUUCUUGAUUCUGCAUUGCUUAGACCUGGAAGGUUUGAUAGGCAAGUUACUGUGGAUAGACCUGAUGUUGCUGGUAGAGUUAAAAUCCUUCAGGUGCAUUCUAGAGGAAAAGCACUUGCAAAGGAUGUUGACUUUGAUAAAAUUGCCAGGAGAACCCCAGGGUUCACAGGGGCUGAUCUGCAGAAUCUGAUGAAUGAAGCAGCAAUUCUUGCAGCCAGGCGCGACCUCAAGGAAAUUAGCAAAGAUGAGAUAUCUGAUGCACUUGAGAGGAUCAUUGCUGGACCAGAAAAGAAAAACGCCGUUGUCUCAGAAGAGAAGAAGAAAUUAGUAGCCUAUCAUGAGGCUGGCCAUGCUUUAGUUGGUGCUUUGAUGCCUGAAUAUGACCCUGUUGCCAAGAUUUCCAUUAUUCCCCGUGGCCAAGCUGGUGGUCUCACAUUUUUUGCUCCCAGCGAAGAGAGGCUUGAGUCUGGAUUGUACAGUAGAAGCUACUUGGAAAAUCAGAUGGCAGUUGCACUUGGAGGAAGGGUCGCCGAAGAGGUUAUUUUUGGCCAGGAAAAUGUCACCACUGGAGCAUCCAAUGACUUCCAGCAAGUUUCCCGGGUGGCGAGACAAAUGGUUGAGAGAUUUGGGUUCAGCAAAAGAAUCGGACAAGUUGCCAUCGGCGGGGGUGGUGGGAACCCAUUCUUAGGACAACAGAUGUCAUCACAAAAAGAUUAUUCCAUGGCAACUGCUGAUAUAGUGGAUAAGGAAGUUAGAGAAUUGGUAGAGAAAGCGUAUGUGAGAGCAUCACAAAUUAUCAACACUCACAUUGACAUUCUUCACAAGCUUGCUCAACUUCUCAUAGAGAAAGAAACAGUUGAUGGUGAAGAGUUCAUGAGUCUAUUUAUUGAUGGAAAAGCCGAGUUGUAUGUUUCAUAAUUAUGUUACACGUAAGACAUAACAAUGUUUGUAUAAUUGUAUUAUAAGAUACACUGAAACAUGUACACUGGCAGAAUCGAUUUACUAAUAUUUUUAUCAAAUUAAGAUAAAAAAUUGUGCACAUAAAGCUCAUGCAAAAGAAAGGUUCUUCCGCAGCUGUAGUAUGACUUUGAUAACAUGCUUAAUGAGCAGCCAUACAUUAUAAAAGUCUCUUUGGUUAAGGAGAAAUAGAGGAGAGAAGAGAGAUUAUUUUAAUAGUUGUUAAUGUUUAAAGUGUAAUUCAAUUUUUGUUAUGGUAGUAGAAAGGAGUUAGCAUCACACAUUUACUCUGCCUUUGUAUAAAUGUGCUAUUUUGUAAUAAAAUUUAAGGAUAAAUA